AUGGCGUCACUCUCUUUCUCAACUGCCGCUCAUCGUCUCUCUCGCGAGGUCUCCGUUUACCGACUACGUUCCUCUCCCCGCGCUUCCCCAUUCCACCCAAUAUCACCGCCUCUCCUCGGCCGCUUCGCUCCCCGCAACGCAGCGUUGCCGCUAAAAUUCAACCCGUUGUGCUUAUCCGCAUUACAAGCUUCAUCGCCUCGUCAAUCCACAAGUUGCAAUAGCUUAGAUGACAACAAGACAAGUACUACAGUACUACGGUAUCACACCGAACAUUCCGCCUCUCCAGGUGCAGGGCAGAUCCCCCCAUCCAGUCUUAGCGCAGCGCUUCAACGUCCCCUCGCGCUCACCUCAGCAGCAGCCAUUAGCGCAGCUCUCGCGUUUUCCGCUCUUCCUGCUCUAGCCGCUGACAUCGAUUUGUUUGGAUCGAUUUCUCAAGGUGAAUCGGUCGCUUUCCUCCCUAAUUCCGGUAGGGAGAAGGGCAUGAUCCUCGCUUCGGCAUCACUCGCAGCGCCUUCGCUGGAAGGCUUCAGCGAGUUAACGCCGUCUUUAUUAACCGCUACAGUAGCACCCUCGAUAGUAGACAACGCGGUAGUAGUCUCACAUGCCGAGAGUGUUUCCGACGUGGCCAAAUCGGGUCCGAUUCUGCAACUGGCUGCCCGCGACGCGGCGUCGCACGAUGUGGUCAAGAUGUGUUCGAAUCUCGUCGCCGCAUGCGGUCGCCUCCACGCCCACCAAUUCUCCUCCGCUUCCCCCUCCUUCCCGGCCUCCGCACUCCUCCCCCUUCCGCUCCAUCUCUCUCCACGCCCUUCCACCGCUCUGCACCAACUCGCCGCCUCGCUCUCCUCCCUCGCCCAACCGGCCACCGAACUAACCGCCGAAGCAGCCGCCAAACCAGCUGCACCGCUAGGCGGUAGUGACGCUGCUGGCAAUCUCGGCGGUCAGCUUGGUGAAGCGGGAAUGACGCUGCUGCUGCUGGUCAUCAUGACGGCCGUCUGUGAGACGGCGGGAGACGGUGACGGGCUGGCGGGACAGCUGGCGCUGCUCGCUGUGGGCGGCAUCGCGCUCCUCUCGCUUCACUGUCCACCUCUCACUGAUACGGCUCUUAUAGUCAACUCACCUGUCGUCGCUCCCUUCCCCUUCCGGUCCCUCCUCUUCUCCUCCCCUUACCCUCCCCUUUUCCUCCCUCACCCUUCCCCUCCCCUUCAACCCUUCCCUCCCUCCCUCCCUCUCCCUUUCAUCAACACGCCAAUCAACAGGUGGGGCCCGGCGCUACUCAUUCUGGCAUGCAACGCUCUGCUCUGGAUUCAACAACAGACGCGUUUCGACGCGCCUCAAAGCUGGAGUAAUAAGCAGGCAGAAGCGGGAGAGACUAACCUGUCCUCGAGCCGUCCUGCAUCGGGUGCAUCUGGGCUGUCACUUUCGAAUCGCUUCUUCACCCCUCCUGUUCUUGGAGUUCUCGCAGGUCUCCUGAUCGGCGCCACGCCUCUCAGUCAGCUCUUCCUGCUGCCACGUGUCACCGACGGAUUGGUUGACACGAGCACUCUCUUGAUCGACAGUGGGUCCAUACUAGCAUGGCUGCAUGGGCAAGCGGGCGAGAUGGCAGGGAGCAUGCACUGCUUCAUGGAGGCUGCAUCCUUCCUUGAUACUGUCACAUUCGGAUCGGAGCCCACCUAUCAACGCAUUCAGCUACACCAUCUACCGUCACUGACAAUGGGUUAA